CAGCCCGCGCCUCCGGUCCUGGGGGGGGGCGGGGCCGCAGCCCUUCGGCGCACCGCGCCAUAGAGCGCGCCCGGAGGACCCGCAUCCUAGACGUGCCCGGAAGUGGUUUCCUGAGCGCCGACUCCGCACCGUCAAGCCGGCGGGGGGGGCGGUGGCGGGGGGGGGGGAGGGUCGCGGGCUCACCAUCCUAGAGCGACUGGAACGGGGUGGCGGCCGGAGGGGGUGGGGGAGGGGGGAAGCGGCGCGGGCGGAAGCGGCCAGGAAGGUCACUUCCGGCCUGGGUGCCCGUCCCCCUGACCCCAGGGUCUGAGUCGCCGCUGCUGCCGCUGCCACCAUCCGCGAGGGAGGAGAGAGGAGAAGAAGUGCGGCACGGCGGCCCCGGGACCUAGGAGGCUGUUUCCUCUUCGUCCCCAAAGGUGGAGAGCAGAGCCCACUCUUCCGUGGAUAAACCUUGUCUAUCAGCCUGCCGCACAUUCCCGCCCUGUGCUGGGCACAUGGGCAGAACCCUCUGCUCUGGGUGGGAGAAGAGUGACCCACACAUGGAGCUGCGGGAAGAGGCCUGGUCUCCGGGGCCGCUGGAUUCUGAGGACCAGCAGAUGGCUAGUCACGAGAACCCAGUGGACAUCCUCAUAAUGGAUGACGACGACGUCCCCACCUGGCCCCCGACCAAGCUGUCCCCGCCCCAGUCGGCGCCCCCCGCUGGCCCCCCGCCUCGGCCUCGGCCACCUGCGCCGUACAUCUGCAACGAGUGCGGCAAGAGCUUCAGCCACUGGUCCAAGCUGACGCGACACCAGCGCACGCACACGGGCGAGCGGCCCAACGCCUGCACCGACUGCGGCAAGACCUUCUCGCAGAGCUCGCACCUGGUGCAGCACCGGCGCAUCCACACCGGCGAGAAGCCCUACGCCUGCUCCGAGUGCGGCAAGCGCUUCAGCUGGAGCUCUAACCUCAUGCAGCACCAGCGCAUCCACACGGGCGAGAAGCCCUACGCCUGCCCUGAGUGCGGCCGCAGCUUCACGCAGAGCAAGAGCCUGGCCAAGCACCGGCGCUCGCACAGCGGCCUGAAGCCCUUCGUUUGCCCGCGCUGCGGCCGCGGCUUCAGCCAGCCCAAGAGCCUGGCGCGCCACCUGCGCCUGCACCCAGAGCUGUCGGGGCCCGGCGUGGCGGCCAAGGUGCUGGCGGCCAGCGUGCGCCGGGCCAAGGCGCCUGAGGAGGCGGCGGCGGCGGACGGCGAGAUCGCUAUCCCUGUGGGCGACGGGGACGGGAUCAUCGUGGUGGGCGCACCGGGGGAGGGGGCCGCGGCGACUGCAGCCGUGGCGGGUGCGGGGGCCAAGGCGCCAGGGCCCCGCUCGCGGCGCGCGCCGGCCCCCAAACCAUACGUGUGCAUGGAGUGCGGGCAGGGCUUCGGGCAGGCGGCGGGGCUCCUGGCGCACCAGCGCGCCCAGCACGGGGACGGGCUCGGGGCGGCGGGGGGCGAGGAGCCCGCGCACAUCUGCGUGGAGUGUGGUGAGGGCUUCGUGCAGGGCGCGGCGUUGCGUAGACACAAGAAGGUCCACGCGGUGGGCGCGCCCUCCGUCUGCAGCCGCUGCGGACAGAGCUACUACCGGGCUGGCGGGGACGAGGCUGACGAGGACGAGGCGGCCGGCGGCCAGUGCAGCGAGUGCCGCGGCGUGGAGGCUCGGUAGGGGUGGGGGGCCCGAGGGGGGGCAGGGCCCCUCGGGCUCGGCGGGAGCGAUGGCGCAGGACCCAGAGACCCAGGGAGGAAUGGACUGAGGGCGCCCCUACUCGCAGUGGCCUCAGGGAGGGGCGCCGGGGGGUGCUCGCCUGGCCUCCGCGCCCUCUGCGAGCCCUGGCGGUGGACCUGGCCUGCCCCUCAUAGGUUCUCGGCGGAGCCCGAGGUAGAGGAUGUGAACUAGAGACCAAGAGACGACAAACCCACUCGAGAAAGACCAUUUCCUCACUUUCUCUUCCCUCACCAUUGGGGGCGCGGCAAGGAGUGGAGAGGGAAGGGAAAGAGGGGUCCUUUUCCCU